AUGCGCACCAUUGACGGAAUUGACAACUAUCUCACCCUUCUGCUUUACCUGCGAAUGUUUACUUCCCAUCUACUAUUACCUCAAGAUGUAAUAAAGCAGAUAUUAACUCCACGAUUCAUGCAAGAAAUUGAGCCUGAAAUAAAACAGAGCUCUAAUAUUAAGGAGAUUGAGAUGUUCAAUUCACUUCAGGUGUCGUGGUUCGAGAACCCACCGAAACCUCUAGGUCGCUUGGGAAAAGAAGCGUCGGACGCCGGAAUCUCAAAAUUGUUUGAAUCCGUGAUGGACGGCUCAAAAGGAGCCGCAAAAAUCAUGGAUUGCAUUGAAUGCAAUCAGAGACAAGAAUCAGCUUUCGUAUUGUCGUGUAUGCACCUCUGUUGUUUCAAGUGCAUACCAAAGUUACCACAAGUUGGAGAUAAACAAAUUACGUGCCGUUGUGGCUUGACUGUAACCUACGAACUAUACCUUGAUCUCCAAAAAUCCUGCCGUAGCAAGGCAAUACGGAGGGCAAGAGGCUCGAAGUCUCGAUGCAUCGACGAAUUCGAACAGGAUAAGGGAACUCCAACUAUUAGCGAAACGGUACUGAGCGCGAAGCUAAGGGCUGUGAAAGUGUUCAUUUCUAAAUGGCUCAAGGAGUCACCAGAUAUUAAAAUCACAAUAUUCACACAGUUUCUAGGAAUGAUUAGUGCCAUAUCCUCGGUAUGUGAGGCUGAAGGUUGGAGAUACACCACGGUAUGA